AACGUGAUAGUGCAAAAUGCACAAAUAUCCACCUUUGACCUUUUGUCUAGGGCACUGGGAAGCUGACCGAAUCCCAGACACAAAUAAGAUAUGAAGACGGAUGACAGAUAAGCCAUGGACAUGGAGAGAAGUCACAGACGACUGAAAAAUGGAAAUUCGGGCAAAAUUCACGACCAGUCCGGACGGCAGACACGGGAACAUUAUGACAGCACAGACCUGCGGAUCCCUAAAUCCUUAGACUUCACUGACACUAGCGAAGUUACGACUGAUACAAUAGUAACCCCUCAGGAUGAUCGACAUUCCGAAUUUAUUUUUCCCGAGGGUGGGUUAGGAUGGCUGGUUGUGUUUGCUGCUACCUGGUGCAACGGCUCCAUAUUCGCCAUUCAAAACUCCUUCAGUAUCCUGCAUGUAAUGCUAGUAAAAGAUUAUGAAGACGCUGGAAUCAGCGCAACGCAAUUUGAAGUAGCCUGGGUCGGGGCUCUGUCCAUGGGGAUGGUUUUUCUCUGUGCCCCUCUGGUCAGUAUCUCCACAGAUCGUCUAGGUUGCAGAGUCACCGCUGCCACUGGAGCUUUUCUGGCGUUUCUGGGGCUCUUGAUUAGCUCAUUUGUAACUUCCCUGGGCUUACGAUACCUCACCUACGGCAUUGUGUUCGGUUGCGGGUGUUCUUUUGCCUUCCAGCCUUCCAUGGUGAUCCUAGGUCACUACUUCAGCCGGCGUCUGGGCCUGGCCAACGGCGUGGUGACCGCUGGAAGCAGUGUGUUCUCCAUGGCGAUGCCUGCUUUCCUGGAGGAGCUGGUCACUCCACUGGGCCAAGAGAGAACCUUCCAGAUCCUGAGUAUCUUCAUGCUCAUCCAGGCCGUGUUGGCAGGGCUCAUCUUCCGCCCUCUGCUGCCUGACAAUCGACCGUCACAGCAGGACAACCCACCCACCUGCCAGGACAAAACUGCCCAAGACCAUAACCAGUGCCAAGGCUCCAGUGUGAAUUUGGUUGACAUAUCUGUGCCCAGCAAUGACAUGGUGGAGGACCGGUUAGCACAGUCAAGAAACUACUGCAGUUUCGGAGUGUUUCGUGUGCCCACUUAUCGAGUUUGGGCCUUCGCUUUGGCUUUUGCGGUGCUGGGAUACUUUGUGCCAUAUGUGCAUCUUAUGGGCUUUGUGGAGGAGCAGUUCCUCAGUACGUCUGUGCCUGACUGGGUCGUGUUGGUCAGUAUCGGGGCCUCCUCCGGCAUGGGGCGCCUAUUCUUUGGCCAUAUCGUAGACAUGGUAGCAGGGGUCCGGAAGAUGUACCUUCAGGCCGUGUCCUUGGUGGUCCUAGGCCUGGCAUCGAUUUUGAUGCCUCAGUGUGCUGUGUUUGAAGGACUGGUGGCUGUGUGUGUUCUCAUGGGACUGUGUGAUGGGUGCUUCGUCUCACUGAUGGCUCCCAUUGCCUUUGAGUUGGUUGGGCCUCACAGGGCAUCCCAGGCCAUUGGUUACCUGCUGGGCAUCAUGGCACUGCCAAUGACUGCUGGACCCCCUCUCGCAGGUCUGCUUCACGAUCACUUUGGGAAUUAUCACAUGGCUUUCUACCUGGCUGGUGUUCCUCCAAUGAUAGGGGGGUUUCUGCUAUUCCUGGUUCCUCAUUACUCUCAUUGGGCCUCUCAGCCUAGGGCCCAUCCUAACAGCCCCAGACCUCAAGAGUCCAGGCUGCCCCCAGACAAUAGUGCUUUCAAUGAAAACAGACUACCAAGUGUCUGCACUGAGGAAGAGACUCGAUUCUGAUGCAUUCAUUAUCUUCACAGUAAUCUUGACUUGUCAUAAGCAUUACUAAGAUAAUCGAAUCAAAUACUGUCUGAAAAAAACAGCAAUGACUGAAGCUCAGCACUCCAAGAGUCUGUUUUCCUGAUCCUAGGCCAGUUUAGGCUAUGACUGGACUGGUGUUUUGCAUUGAGAGCGGCCAAGUGAAAGAACUGCUGUAGCAUUUCCAAGAACACAUCAAUGUCUGGCUGAAGUCAUUGGAGCAUUUCCACAGAAGAGGAAAAUGUCUCCCAUUGCGGUAUCUGAUUAAAAGGAUUUACAUAGAGUUUGAGGCCGGGUGCACUGAAAGUAAAACACACACACCUUUACAAUGUUUAAUUUAGUCAAGUAUGAUUAAGUUUCUUUUUAGACAACUGUGUCCAGAUAUCAUGUCUUUCACCCUUUUUUUUUUUUUUUUUAAUUUUUUGGUUAACCAAAAGUGUUCACAUGCAGGUUUUCAUACUGCCAAAACUGAGAACAGAUGUACUGGAUUAACUCUACUACAUGUCCAUGCCCUAAGAAUUUUGUUAGAAUGCCCAUCAAAAGACACCCAUCAGUCAUUACACAAUCUGUUCAAGAGAUUCAUAUGCACCAUGGAAACAGUAUGUCUAAAGUCAUUGCCAACAUUAUAUAAUCCUGGAAUUGAUCUUUAACUUUUCUUGUUCUUUCUGUUUGAUUUUGUGCAGUAUCGAACUUGUACUAGUUUUUUUGUUUUACCAGUGUUUGCCAAAAUAGGUGGCUAAUUUGAUGUGUUGCAAUACAUUUUCACUGUGACUUGA